AUGUCAUAUACGGGUUCUUGUCUCUGUGGUGAGGUUUCAUUCAAGCUUAUUGGCGAGCCAUCACGCUCAUUUGUUUGCUAUUGCAUUGAUUGUCGGAAAGGGUCUGGUCACUUGGGUCAGUUCAUAAGCCAAUACGCUACUGAUAUGGUAGAGAUUGAUGAUAAAAAUGGAAAAAUGGCUGAAUAUGUUGUUCAAAAAACAAAGAGUGGCCAUCCAAAGAAAAAGCAAUUUUGUAAAGAUUGUGGUUGUACUAUUCGUACUUUGCCAAUGAAGUUUAAUGGAGAAGUCAGUAUGAUUAGACAAUCUUUAGUGGAUGAGAACUUUACAAAAUUGAGUCCGCAAUUGGCCAUGUUUGGAGAUGAAAAGAGUAGGUUUAUUGAGGAUGCUAAGUCCGAGUUCUAUUAG